UCAAUCAUGUCACUGUAAUUGUAGAAAGAGGAGAAGGGUCUACAGCCCUCAUGUAAAUAUAUACAUAUAAUUUAUAUAAAACUCACUCUCUCUGUCUCUCUCUAUCUUAGAAAUGAUACUAUCUUUUUUACAUAGUAGCUUUUUUUUAUUUUUUUCAUUUUUUUGGGGAUGUGCUUACUUUAUGUGAGAGAAGAGAGGAAAGUUAGGGGGAGAGAGAGCGAGCAGUGAGUGAUUAUACAAAAGGUUUUAGCAGAAAAUUAAAAACUUUCUUAAAAGCCAAGAGAAAAAAAAAAAAGAAUAAAGAGGAGGAGAUUUUUCUGCUGGGGUUGGGAAAGAGAACAGAGUAAAAGACAGAAAGUUCAACGUCAGAGAGUUUAGCCGUAGGGUUCCUUGGGGUUGUGGUUUUUGUGGGUAUUGGUUUUGGACUGGUCGAGGAUUACAGGGAGCAACAGCAGCAACAACAACAAGCAAUGGAUGAAAAUAUGUCUAAUUUGACUUCAGCAUCUGGUGAAGCUGCAAGUGUUUCUUCUGGAAACAGAACUGAAAUCGGGACCAAUUAUCCUUCUCAAUAUUUCGCUCCACCACCUCAAACUCAAAUUCAACCUCCUCUGAAAAAGAAAAGAAAUCUUCCAGGAAACCCAGACCCAGAUGCAGAAGUAAUUGCGUUGUCCCCUAAGACUCUCAUGGCAACAAAUAGAUUCAUUUGUGAGAUCUGUAACAAAGGGUUUCAGAGAGAUCAGAAUCUUCAACUGCAUAGGAGAGGGCACAAUCUACCAUGGAAGCUGAAACAAAGAACAAGCAAAGAGAUAAAGAAGAAGGUUUAUGUGUGCCCAGAGACCAGUUGUGUGCACCAUGACCCUUCAAGAGCACUUGGGGACCUGACUGGAAUCAAGAAGCACUUUUGCAGAAAACAUGGAGAGAAGAAGUGGAAAUGUGAUAAAUGCUCAAAGAGGUAUGCGGUUCAAUCAGAUUGGAAAGCUCACUCCAAGACCUGUGGCACUAGGGAGUAUAGAUGUGACUGUGGAACCCUCUUCUCAAGGAGGGAUAGUUUCAUCACUCAUAGAGCAUUCUGUGAUGCUUUAGCAGAAGAGAGUGCAAGAGCAAUCUCAGCAAACCCAGUACUCCUUUCUUCUCAACAACAACAGCAACAACACCCAGGUGGUGCUUCUUCAACAUCUCACAUGAAUCUACAAAUACCCCAAUUCAAUCAUCCUCAUCACCACCAAGAACUCCAUGGGUUUGCAUUGAAGAAAGAAAACUUCAGCAGUCUAAGACCAGAAAUACCACCAUGGUUAGCUUUUAAUAACGCUGGGCCACCACCACCCCAUCUUGAUAUUUCCUCCUCAUCAUCAAUCUUCUCCACAACUACAAGGUUAGAUCAAGAUUUACCCAAUAUCCAUGAAACUCAUCAUCCAAACCCUAACCCUAGUCUUGGACCCACUCUCCCUCCCUACCAACCAACACCCUCCCCACACAUGUCAGCCACUGCAUUGCUACAGAAAGCAGCUCAAAUGGGUGCAACCAUGAGCAGCAAAACUACUAGUACUACCACUGCUACUGCUGCUGCAUCAUCAUCAUCCUCACCAUCAACCAUGAUAAGGGCCCACCACCAGCCCCACGUGUCAUCAUCUGCUGAUCAUGAUUCUGGUAAUAACAAUUCGAAUGGUAAUUUUGGAUUGAAUUUGUCUUCACGUGAUGAGAUGUUGUUGGGCACAGCUGGUUUUGCCCAUGGCUUGCCUGCUUUUGGGAAUAAUAAAGCUGCUACAAUUUCUUCCUCUUCUCCUUCUGUUUCUGCUUCUGCUACAACAGCUAAUACUCUUCCUCUUCCUCCUCCUCCUCCUCACCCUUCUCUUCUCCAUGAUAUGAUGAAUUCUUUGUCUUCUGGUACCGGGUUUGAAGGAACUUGUUUUGAGGAUGCGUUUAGUGGGAUUUUGAGCAAUUCAAAGAAAUUAGAUCAUAAAACCAAUGGUGGUGGUGAUGAAAAUGGUGGUAGUUGUGGUGGUGAUCAAGGUUUGACCAGAGAUUUCUUAGGUCUUAGAGCAUUGUCACAUAGUGAUAUUAUGAGUUUUGCUGGUCUUGGAAACUGCAUGAACACCUCUCGUGAGCAUGAAAAUCAAACCCACAAACCAUGGCAAGGUUAGCUCAUCAUAAAAUAUAGCUUUCCUAUUCCUAUAUAUUGGAACCUCUACAUCCUUUUUUUUUUUCUUUUUUUUUUUUUUGGGUUUCUAAACAAAUAUAAUUUUGAAUUUUUUUUUUUUAAUAACUUACCUUUGUUGUCAGUCUUCCCAAAGGGAAGGACCUCUUUUGAAUUCUCAGUAUUCCAAUGCCUUCUGUAGCUAUUUUUACAUAUUUUUUUUUUCUCCGU